AUGCAAACUAAAAUCCCCAUUCGACCCGCCAAAUUAAUCUCCUCGACCUCCCACCAGGUCCCUGGGAAACUGACCGUCACAGAACUGUUCUUCGAGGUGCCACUGGACCAUGCUGACCCCGACGGAUCCGAGAAACUGCGAAUAUUCUGUCGCAGUGCGGAAAGGUUUGAGAAGCCGGCGGCGCCGAAAUGUAAGAAGCCGAAGACGAAGCAGCAACUCGACGGAAAGGCUGAGGAUGAUGGGGAUGGGGACAAGGAUCAAUUGCCCUUGUUUGUCUAUGUUCAGGGUGGCCCAGGGUUUGGGUGCCCGCCGCCCCAGGACUUUGGGAUUACUGGGGAGAUCUUGAGCAGGGGCUAUAAGUUCAUCACCUUCGACCAUCGCGGCAUGGGCCUCUCGACCACAGCGACAGCGGAAACCAUCAAAGCCAAGGGCUCUCCUUCUGACCAAUUGAACUACUUGCAGCACUUCCGCGCUGACACUGCCGUCCGCGACCUUGAGGCCAUCCGCCUGUGCUUGACAGCAGGAUAUCCAGAGGAGAAGAAGAAAUGGUCCGUCAUGGGCCAAUCGUACGGCGGCUAUGUGAGCACCACGUACCUGAGCUCCUAUCCGGAAGGGCUGAGGGAGGUCUUCACCCUCGGCGGCCUCCCGCCGGUCACACUGACCACAGGCGACGAGCCGAUUCGCAGGUGUUUUAAGAGAGUUGCUCACCGGAACGAGGAGUACUACGGCAAGUUCCCUGAGGAUGUGGACCGCGUGAGGACACUGGUCCAGUUCAUUGAGAAGAAGAAGCCUGUCUUGUUGUCUGGCGUGGCGUUGACGGUGGGUCGCUUCCUACAGAUGGGCAUCAUGUUUGGGUUCCACGGAGGGUUCGAUAUCGUGCACGAUGUAGUGUUGCGUGCGAACAACGACCUCGAAAUGUUUGGGUUCCUGACCCGCCCGACGCUGAGUGCCUGCGAAGGAUUCCCCGACUUUGACAACCACGUCCUGUAUGCCUUGAUGCACGGCCCUCUCUAUGUCAAUGGAGACAAGUCGAACUGGGUCUUCGACCGCGUGUUCAAAGAGUUCGGCGCCUUCGCACACAAGACCUCGACUGAAGACAAAGGGAAGCAGUACUUCACAGGUGAGAUGGUGUUCAAGGCCGCCUUUGACGAGAACCACGAGUUACAAGGUAUCAAAGAAGUGGCAGAGCUGCUCGAGCAGAAGACCGACUGGCCGCCGCUGUACGAUCCCGAGCAGCUGCGGAAGAACGAGGUGCCCAUCUAUGCGGCCAUCUACGUCGAGGACAUGUACGUCGAUUACGGGUUCUCUUCCGAGACCGCCAGGAUCAUCAAUGGUUGCAAGACCUUCGUCACGAAUGUGCUGUACCAUAACGCCGUAAGGGCCAGGGCGGCGGAGGUGAUGAAGGGGCUCUUUGACUUGAGAGACGACUCGAUAGACUGA